GUUUCUUAUUUCAGAAAUGACAUAAAAUGUAGUAGUAGAAGUUUCUUAUAAACAUGUUUCUUAAAAAAAAACGUGUAUAUCAUAUAAAAUAAACCUUUAAAACAUAGUUUAAAAGCAAAACGAAAUUUUCCAAGCAAAAAAUAUAUAAAAUACACAAAAAAAAUGAUUAAAAUAUGAAGAACAAAUAUAUCAACAAAAAGAUUUUUACUCUAAUGUCAUAUGAUGUUACUCCAAUGCCUUGUCGAUUAUUUUUUAUUUUUGAAGGAUGGUAGUACAACCAUUAGCUUUGUCUUUUUUGAAAAGUAGGGACCCUACGCAAAAGUGCGGGCCGCUACAAUGGUGAGAAGUUAUUUUUUCAACAAUGCACAUGUGCAAGUCAGUCAGGAAAGAAAUAACUUUAAGGUUGUCGGUAGAAAACACAUGUUUAUUGAGAAUGCAGAAAACUAUUUUUCAGUUUUUCAGUCUUCUUAUAAAUUUCUUUUUUAGUUUCGCAUUACUUGCAUUUUAUAAGAGUAGCCAUAUUUGUUUUGAUUUAUUUUUUCACGUCCUAGCUUCCGUUUAAUUUCAUGAAAAAUUAUGGACAACUGUGUUGCAGAUGGCAUUUGUUUUUGUCUCUAGUAAUUCUGAUUAACAAUAUGUUUGCAUUAGGACGAGCAUUAGAAUUUAAGAUUGCAGAAAAAAAACAUCAUUGGAUAUGACUGAUGGGUUUGAAGAAUAUAUUGUACCCCCCACACCAACACGGUUAGGCGUCGCUCCUAAUAACACACAUUCCUUGGAUGGCAAUGAAUCUUUUCAUGGUUGUAGCCAGGAAGGAUCGCUUGCGCUUCUAACAGGUGAAGUUGUGGAAGCACAAAAAUACCAAGCAUCCGAAUUAUCUGCAAAAGAAGAACAAUUGAAAAAGUUACAGGGCAAAAGGUUUGUGAAUCCAUUCAAAACGAUGUUCAAUCAGCUAACCGUCAAUUAUUUUUAACUCAAGACAAAGUUAACGCAAACCAAAAGGAAUGCUCGCAAUUGCAAGCAGAAAUUGUUUCGUUACUUGACGAAAAGCGGAAAUUGCAAGCGAAACAACUUGAACUGAAAUGGAAUGCAAAACAGGUUAAGUGUGGUUAUUCAAAAUAUCAACAAAAAAUGUGCGAUUACCAUACGAAAGUGGAAAGAUUUCACAAUCAAAAUGACACACAUGCGGAAAUACUGCAACUGAAGGAGGGGAUAAAAAGUCUUCAGGAACAGUAUAGUCAAAAAGACGAAUGCGACUACCUUACUCGCGAAUUCAAAAUCCAAGAAAAUAUAACCGAACUUCUUGAAAACAAGAAAAUGUUGAAUAAAGAAGUGAACACUGUCCGAGAGCAGGUGCGGAAGGAAAAAGAGAAUGUGAUCAUACUAAAAAAAGAAAUCGACGCUCUUUAUAAACGAAAUGCGGCUUAUUUAGCCAGAACAAAGCGUCAGCACAAGGAAAACAACGAACGUUUGUCUCGAUGGAAGAAAGAAAACGCCAGUCUCGAGCAAAAGAUUCGUGCGUUGAAAAAAUCUUUUUAAGGAUAUUUUUUGUUUUAUUUUUGUUUACAUCGGUUAAGAGGAUAAUAUAUGGAAAAACACUGACAUUAUUGAUUAAAGUUGCUUGUAGAAAUUAUAUAGAAAUUAUUGAGAAAUUAUAUAGAAGUUAUUAAGUGUGAAAA